AUGCAGCCAGCGUGGGUCGCGUGCCUAGCUCUCCACGUCAUCGUCUUAUCUCUCCUACCCACCCUCCUCGUGCGUGCGGGCGACGUCCCCGGCGAGGCGGAGUCGUUGCCGGGAUGGAAGGGCGCCACCUACGUCCUACCGCCAGGACUUCGGGGGCGGGAGAGGGACGCGGCGAAUGAGAGCCCUGAGCUGCCGGAAGCCGGUCUCGCGCAGGGAGAUCAGCAACGGAGGCGGCGGACGGAAACUGAAACGCAACCGCAGGCAACUGAGCAGUUGGGUCAAGGUGACUCUAACGGGGGAGGAGACUCCAGCGGGCGCGCCAUUAUUCAGCUAUCGGCGGACGAGCCGCGCGCGUACCUUUUCAAGCGGUUCCUGACGGACGAAGAAUGCGACCACAUCAUCUCUCUCGCCGAGCCCUCGCUCGAAAGAUCGACGGUGAUCGCGGCGGCGAGCAGCGGCAGCGAGGUGAGCGACAUUCGCACGAGUUUCGGGACGUUCAUCGACAAGGGCGCGGACGACGUGAUUGCGCGCGUCGAACGGCGCAUCGAGGCGUGGACGCACCUGCCCGUGUCGCACCAGGAGGCGCUGCAGGUGAGCAAUGGCAAGGAGAGGGAAGGAUGGGAGAAGCUCGAGCAGGAGAAGGUGCUGAGAUACAACGUGGGGCAGAAGUACGUGCCUCACCACGACUACUUCUCUGAUCCACCCGAGACGCUGCAGGGCGGGCAGCGGCUGGCCACCGUGCUCAUGUAUCUCAGCAACGUCACCCUUGGCGGGGAAACCGUCUUCUCCAAUGUCCCCGACCCCACUCCCAAAGACCACUCCUGGUCUGACUGCGCCAAGGGUUACCUGGCAGUCAAGCCCGUUAAAGGGGACGCGUUGUUGUUCUUUAGUAUGCACCCGGAUGGGACGCCGGAUGAGGCGAGUAUGCACUAUGCGUGCCCGGUGGUGGCUGGGGUGAAGUGGUCGGCACCCAAGUGGAUUCACGUGAGGGAGUUUGAUGUGCCUGGGGAGGAGGGGGAUCCCAAUGUGUGUGCGGAUACGAAUGGCAUGUGUGCAGAGUGGGCGGAGGCAGGGGAGUGUGAGAAAAACAGCAAGUAUAUGGUUGGGGGGAAGAGGUUUGUUGGGGCUUGCAGGAAGGCGUGUGGAGUGUGUACAGCUGACAGCACCAAUGUGACUGCUGCUGGUGGUGAGGCUGUGCAAAGAGCUGCCUCGUAG